AUGGACGAUCAAGAGAACGAUGACGAUUUGUUUCGAUGUGCCAUUUGCGGUGUGGCGGAGGGAGACAGUGCCAACUUGACAUCGCAAACCAAUCUACAAACGAAUGCAACGGUUCGAUGUGGUCACAUGUUUUGUAAUUCUUGUAUUGAUCGAGAGCUUUCUCGACGACGGGAAUUCCCCUGUCCAAUAUGUAAUACACCCGUGAAAAAAGUGACUCUUUCCACUAGAUCUCUCGAUGACGUCCAAUGCGAAAAAGAUACCAGUUGGAGACGGCGGGUCAUGAAGGUCUUCAACAAGAUUGAAUCUGACUUUCCCAAUUUACUCGAGUACAACAACUACCUCGAAGAAGUCGAGGACAUCAUUUUUAGCAUCGUCAAUGAGGAGGCCAAUGCGGAAGAAUGCAAGACUAGAAUCAAGGCGUACGAAGAGGCCCAUCGAUCCGCCAUUGUCAUUCGCCAAUCUCAACGAGCCGACGAAGAGCGAGCGAUUCAAGAUCGCAUCGCUUCGGAACAGCGAGAGGCCGAGCGUCGCAAGCGCGACUGGAGGGAAGAAGAGGCGGCGAUUGCCAAAACGAAACGCAAAUUCAAACAAGAGUCUGCGGAAGUACUAUUGGGAGAAAGAGAAGAAGUCUCAGCCGAAGUCAAGGCCGCUCAAAUGCAAGGCUACCGAAACGAAUUGAAACGCCAGCGCGAAGGCAAGUCGUCCGUCACCAACUUUGUGUCACCGCGGGUCCGAGAACCGGAUGGUGGCAUGAAGCGAGAGAAAAAGUUGGAUCGAGACUUGUACCUGAAACGACAGGCAGCUGGAGGAGGCAUGAAGGCUGGUGAUUUGGCUUCACAAGAGCGCAAUUGGAAUGAGGCAGUUUCGACACUCUUUGAACGAAUCAUGGCACAGCAGUAA